AUGGCUCUGAUCAGCCGAAAACUCGUCGCCGUAGGUGACGGUUGGGCAGGGAAGACGGCGUUGCUCGUUGUAUUCUCGAAAGGAACCUUCCCAGAGAUAUCAAUCCCAGAUCCCUUUGAAAAUUACGUCGCCGACGUUGAGGUGGAUGGGAAGCAUGUCGAGUUGGCGGUACGGUGUACGGCUGGUCAGGAAGACUAUGAUCGCUUGCGUCCUCUGGCAUACCCCGACUCGCACGUUAUCCUUAUAUGCUUUGACAUUGUUAAUCCCGAUUCCUUGGACAAUGUCCAAGAGAAGUGGUUUCCUGAGGUCGACCACUUCUGUCACGGACUCCCUAUCAUCCUUGUGGGUUGCAAAAAAGACCUCAGAAGAGAUCCCAGAACCAUUGACGAGCUAUGGAAGACUCGUCAACGUCCAAUAACUGCUGAAGAGGGACAAGAAGUCGCGAAGAAAAUCAGAGCGAGGCACUAUGUUGAAUGCUGUAGCAAGACUGGAGAGGGGGUUCGCGAAGUGUUUCAAAUUGCAACUCGCGAGGCAUUGCGCCCCCGUCCAAAACCCCCUCCAACGAAGUUCGAUAAACUUAAGGGACUGUUAAAGUCAUCAUCGAAAAAUGAAGAUGUGGAUUCUGAAAAAGCGCCUCAACUAGAUGCCUCCGAGGAGCAAGAAUUGAAGAGAUUACUGGCAGCAGCCGUCGCGGUCGCACUCCCUCCGCUUGAAAAGUUUAGAUUGUUGAUCAUCGGGAAAACGGGGUGCGGUAAAACCACAAUUCUGUAUAAAGUUAGCAUUUCAAGCCAGCGUUCGCAUCUUAUGAAGUCACUAACUUUUCGUUCCAGGUGUGUGGCGGGAAUAUGGUGA